AUGGGUGAAAAGGUCACAAGCCACAUAGGCAGCAGAUACAACCCACAGCACAAGCGCAACGAACAUCUGAUCUCGCUGUUAGAUAAGGUGUAUGUGGCCUCUUAUGACGCGCCCAGAGAACGACGUGAGACAGAUUCAAACGGCUGGAUUUGCGAACAGAGAACCAUGGGGUCUUGCUGCUUCAUGAUUCCCUUGAAGGACCCCGCACGCGUAUCCUUGAUGGACGCCCUGCUCAAGGAUAGCAGCUUGUUCACAGGUCUGAUAGAUAUAAGGCACCAUUGUCCACGUCCAAGCUUUAUGACAAACUCUGACGACUAUCUGUAUGAGGCCGAGAUCAGGCAUAGAAAGACUCUCAGCGAUUCCGGACAAUGGGAGGCUUUGUACACGAUCAAGCGCGGACACGUGUAUGAUUACCUCUUCCAAAUGGCCAUGCAGACAUGCGAAUUCAAGUGCAAGGCAGUGAUGGAUGAGAAACCAACACUUUUCUUAGUCACGGCGCGAAAACACGAAACAGAUAUUCUUGAACACCUCUCGACGAUCAUAUGUAGAGAGCAGGAUAGGAAUAAUCCGAAUCUCCUCCGCGCACAGUUUGAAGAUCUUAGUACAGAUUUUUAG